AGGUUGGAUUUUGUGUUGUUGACAGUUUUGUUCAAAUGCAGCUGCCUGUAUUCUACAUCUAACUAGCACAGCACGUGAAACAUAUGAAUAUAGGCUGGCCGAUCUGAAGCGGCCGGGACAGAUCCUUAUAAACAGGUGUAUACUACACUCAGCCCUGGGCCAUUCACUGUGUGCCAUGGGCUAUUCAUUGGUAGGCAAGCCAGCCUGGUCCCUGAGUCAUGCCACUACUACAGGGUAAAUUGGGGAACCAUAUUGACUUUGACUAGACAAAGAGAGAACUCUGCUAGGUCUCCUCAGACCCAUGUCAUAAAAAUGGUGCAGGGCUACGUUGAGAGGGGCCUGCUGAAUGUCCAUGAUGUAGGAGCCAAUCAAGGAGUCCGCAACAAUCUCCUGUAUUUUCUAGCUGGUGUUGUGUUUGUGUCAAUUCUACCAUACUUGCACAUAGGUGUGUUUUAUAAGGUGCUGCACGGAGCGAAAGGAAAGGUGAACAGAACAACUUGCAGUUGUGAUUGCUUUGAUACUGUCUUCAGAGGGCCUUACGAGCACCCACCAAGUGGAUACAAGCACGUUUAUUUCAACGCAACUAUAAAUUCCCUGAAAAUAUGGAUUGUGACGGUGAUUUUCAUCAUCAUCAUUUAUGAGACUUUAAAAUAUUUAUUGAAACUAUGGCAACAACAGUUAUUGAGGAGGAAGAUGUUUUACCUGGUUGCCAUGACAACAUAUGCACAUUAUUAUUCAUGGUGGAGCUAUUUUGGCUAUUACAACGAGGACUUCUACUAUCAGUGGUACCAUCAAACAAUAUUUACAAUCACAGAGAUAAUCUCUACGGCAUUGGUACUCAACCUUUGCAAUGAAGACAAUCCCAUGUUACCAUGGAAACUAUUGCUCAUUAUAAAUAUAAACACAGCUCAUCUCAUCACGGGAGGUGUUGACCAAUUUUUUAGCCAACUUUUAUCAGGGACUGGUCGGGUGAACCUCAGUGCUCCUUUAGGGCUCACUAUGCUAGCAUUGAUGCAAACCCGAAAUAUCAAACCCCCCUUGACAAUUGCUGGCUACACCCCUGUCACCAGAUUAUCUAACUGUAGCUCUUAUAUAAUUGUAUUAAAUGAUUAUUGUUGUGCUACAAUCUAA